AUGCAACAAUUUCAAUCAAAAUAUCAUUAUGGUACUCCGUUGAGUAUAAAUUCUUCUUCUUCGUCAACAUCAGUAUUUCCAAAUAAACUUAAUGGAAUAUUUCCAUCGCAUCGUUUAUCGCAAACAUCAGCGAGUAUUCAAUCUAUAACACCAAAUCAAUCACGUCUUCUAACCAAUUGUGAUAAUGAAUUAAAGUUAUCAGAAAAAGUCAAAUAUAUUCUAUUAAUCAUGAUUUUAACUUUUACUUAUGCUUUUCUUCUUACAAUUACAAUUGAAUUGGCAACAACUCUUGUUAAAUAUAAAAAAGAAAAUGAUCUCUUAUCAUCAAUGAAUGAAAUUUCCAAUUUAACACAAAUUAAUAAUGAAAUAAGAUUAGAAGUUAAAAAAUUUCCAAUUCGUUCAUUUUUUGCAUGUAUAUGGCUUUUUCAUGUGUUCCUAUUCUGUAUUUGUUUACUUAUACAUUUAUUUGUCUAUCAAUAA